AUGCCAACUGACUUUGACAAGCAAGAAUACUGGCACGCCCGCUUCGCCACCGAGACCAACUUCGAGUGGCUGGCGACAUCAGAAGAGUUCAUGCGCAUCCUCGAGGCAGAUCCGGACUUCUCGCAGAGACUAAACCGCGCCUCCUCGCGCGUCCUGCACGUCGGCUUCGGCACCAGCGACCUGCAGAACCACCUGCGCGCCGCCGGGUUCUGUCAUGUGCUCAACGUCGACUACGAGCCGCUGGCGGUCGAGCGCGGGAGGCAGCUCGAGGAGGCGGCGUUCGGCGGCGUGAGGAUGGGGUACGCGGUGGCGGACGCGACGAGGCUGGACGUGGACCUGGGUCUGGCGGACGGCGGCGCGGGGGAGAUGCAGGGGCGCAGAGAAAAGAAGUUCGACUUUGUCGUCGACAAGAGCACCGUCGACGCCGUUUCGUGCGGCGGCGAGGAGGCGCUGCUGAGCAUGUGCCGCGCCGUCAGGCGGUGCCUCGCCCCCGGCGGGUUCUGGGUCUCGCUUAGCUACUCGCGGUGGCGGUUUGAUGUCGACGGGCUGCCGUUCCGGUACGAGGAGAUCGCGAGGAUCCCGACGCGGAAGCUGAAGGAGACGGAUCCGGAUAUUUAUCAUCACUGCUAUAAGUUGACGCCCAGGGACGAUGGUUUGGGGGCGGAGUGGUGA